GUUUAAAAACUUAGUAUCGCAAUUUUUAAUGCGCAGUAGAGUGAAUAAUUUACCUAAAGCAAGAAUUUAUCUGUGCGGUUAAUUAUUGGAGUUUACAAUAUUUCAGUUAGAAAAAUGUUUUUCUUUGUUGUAUUAAUUAUUGGUAUGUUGUAUUGUGAUGCUCAGUAUGUCCCUGCCAAAUGUGAUGAAAACAAGCCUUGUUCAGAUAACACAACCAUGUUCUGCGAAGAGGGAUUCUGUCACAUAGCUGUUGGAAAAAAAUGUACAACUUUGACCGAACAGACAACACCUUCUCAGACUGGACAAGAUGGCAGCUCUUCCGGACAACCUCUAUCCACUGCCACACCUGCAAACACCGCUACUGGCACUCAGCCAAAUGCCGGUCAACAAACACCAUCUAUAACAGCAUCAGCCACGCACACUUCAAAAAACAGCAACCCUUCUACUUCACCGGCUCCAAACCCAUCAAGCGAUACAAACAGACCCCCAGCUCAAUCAACUACAAUAACAACACCUAUUAAACCAGCAGACGUAAAUACAACAACACAACAAGGACAAACCUCAGUGAAAAGGAAGAAGCGCAAUGACGGCAUGCAACAGGAGUGCGUAUCAAAUGGAAUUUGUAGUAUGCGGGAUAAUGUCAAACUCUGCGAAUGUGUGGGUGGCUAUUCUAAAGACGAUAAUGGAUUAUGCAAAAAAUCUGGCGCGGAUAGCUUCAAUCCAGCGGGGAUACAGCUUUUUUCUGCGAUGGUGGCAUUGAUCUUUCUUAUCUAGGUCAUGGGCACAGUAAACACUAUCAUAAAACAACAUCUAAGUCAAUAAUAGGGCAAAGACGUAAAUUAAAAAAAAACCCGAUCUGUAAAGAAACAUGUGUUAGGAGAUAAUCAUACAAACCUACGUAUUUUUAUAUGUGUCUUGUUCUGUGAAAAUUUGGCAAAAUGCAUGUGCGUAAAGUGCCGUCCCAUAUUAGCCUGUGCAGUCCGCACAGGCUAAUCAGGGACGACACUUUUCGCAUAAAUGGUAUUUUUCUAUUAAAGGAAGUCCCUUUUUACCGAAAAUCUAGUUUAAGCGGAAAGUGUCGUCCCUGAUUAGCCUGUGCGGACUGCACAGGCCUAUCUGGGACGACACUUUACGCACAUGCAUUAUGCCUUGUUUUCUCAGAACAAGACACAUAUACACUCAUCAAUUGUUUACAGCUUUCUGUUGAUAUCGUUAUGAUUUUUAAAUUAUGUUAUGCUGCUUUAAUUUGCAAAGGCAUAGCCAUAGAUUUGUAAUUGAUUGGCUUUGAAAGUGGGUGUGAAGGAGAACCGGUGCAUUCUGUCAUGGAUUGCAUUGUGAUGAGUGUAAUGGUGGCUCGCACAUGCCUGAUGACGCUCUCAUGCAUGGAAUUGGCAAUGUGCGGCCAUCAUCCAUAGAAUACGAUAGUAACAACACGGUUAAGAAGUCGUUUGUUAACAUCGCUUUUGGCCAAACUAGAAAUUAUAGGAGAGGAAUAGUAGAAUUAUAAUAAAAUGUUAAAUGGUCAA